AUGUCGGCUCGUGAAAGCGACGACGAAGGACCCUCCACGCCGAAAAAAAAGAGAAGUUAUAAGCAGAAGUUUCGUAAUGAAUGGUUACACCAUGAAAACUUCAAAAAGUGGUUGCGACGUGAUAUGAAAGACCCAUAUCGCGCUUACUGUAUAUUUUGUGAUACAUCGAUGAUUGCUGACAUGGGAGCUUUAAAACGUCAUAGUGAAGGUAACAAACAUGUUCUUAAAGCUAAGCCCUCUUCAUCUCUGACUUCUAUUGCCACCGCAUUUAAAAAACCAUCACCGUCCUUGGACGAUAAGCGUAAAAUUGCGGAAAUAAAAUUAGCAGCAUUUAUGACUGAGCACAAAAUAUCUCACAGGGUGAUGGAUCAUCUGGUUGAGUUACUACCGAAGGCAUUCCCGGAUUCUGAGAUCGCACAGAAAAUAAAAAUGAAACGUACAAAGCUCCGCGCCGUAAUAAAUAAUGUUUUAGGUACGACUGAACAACAAGAUCUAUGCACAGAUUUAAAACGUCAAAAAUUCUCUGUAAUGAUUGACGAAAGUACUGAUAUAGCAGCAAUUAAGACGAUGUGCGUUGUUGUCAGAUACUUUUGUCCAGCUAAAGGUCGAAUUGUCAGUAGAUUUUGGGACCUAAUCCAAAUUUAUGGAAAUGACAACACUGAUCAUAGUUCGUCAGCAGAACGUCUUUUUGAUGCUGUUCUCAAAUCAUUUCAAGAUCAUUCAAUUAGCCUUGAGAAUAUUAUAGGAUUUGGAUCAGAUGGCUGGAUGUUGCCUAAAUUUACAUCUGCCAAUACUCUAUUUCAAAGUGAGUCUCCAAUGAUCACCAAAAUACACGUCAAAAUGAACGACCUAUACCGUGAAUUAUUAACUACUCAUGUAAAACCGGAGCAUAUUACAAGCAAUCUUGAUGAAAUAGAUCCUACUAAUGAAAAACAUUUCAAAAAUUUAGAAGAUGCUUAUUUUGGAUUAGGUGUUCAAAGACAAAUUUCAUCAAGUGACAUGCUACCAGAACUUGUUAUAGACUUAAAAGAACGAUGCCGAAAAUUUAUAAUAAAAGCUUGUGUAGGUAUAAGAAAACGUUACAGCUUGAAUGAUCCAGUAAUGGCUGCGGUUUCACUAUUGGACCCCGAUAAUUGCGUCGAUACUAGCAAACGCCCAGAAUCUCUCCAACGUAUAUUUGAGCUAUUGCCACGACUGGUACCAAAAUGUUUAAAUGAACAGCAACAAAUCGAUGACCAAUGGAGAAAAUUACCCAGCCUGAUAAAUAAAGUUGAUAGUAGUCAAGCACCUGAUGUGUUUUGGAACCAGAUACUACUAAAAGAAGAUUUUUCAAAGUUAGCAAAUUUUAUGCUCGAAAUUCUAUCUCUGCCCAAUUCUAACGCGGAAUGUGAAAGAAAAUUCAGCGAAAUUAAUGACAUUAAAACAAGAAAGAGAAAUAGAUUAAUCACAAAUACCAUCAAGGGAAACAUAUUAGCGCGCCAGUCCAUUUUAAGAAACUCUGCUAAUUGUAUUGACUAUAACCCAAAUGAAAAAAUGAUGAAGACUUUUACGGACAAAAUAUAUAAAAAUGAACCCUUAAGUGACAGUGAUACAGACAUUGAUUGA